AAGGGAGGCUGGGACCGCAUCGCUGAGCAGCCCGGGCAUCCUUCCAGGCUCCCACCACGGGCUGCCCAGUGUGCUCCUGACCAAGCCACACGACGACUCUCCUGGUCAUUGCAUCUUUCCCCUUGAGCUCCUGGGAAGUGCUUCCCUGACUCUAACCUCGGUCCUCCUGCCUCUGUCCCCACUGUCUGGGCUUGCAGGCUGACCAAUGCCACGUGGCCGCUCCCUCUAUCUGCUGGGCCCGAAACCUGCUCCCUGCCCUUUUGCACUGGGGCAGGCCCCCGGACAGCCAGCAGCCUGUAACCUAACACUGUUUGCUCCCAGCAGGCAGCCCUGAGCCGCAGUCCACAUGCUGCUCCCUGAUCUCCGCUCCUGAGCCUGGGCAGAGCGUGCCCCUGCCCAGUCCAGUGACCUUCGCCUAUCUGAGCCCUGGUUAAUUUUUGCCCAGCCUUCAGGCAGUGGGGCUCCUCCCCCUUGGGGAUAUAAGCCUGGCCCAAGGUGGCUCUGGUCCCCACCUGCCCUCAGCCUCCCCGAGCUCCCUCUCCCAGCCAUGGCCAAGGGCUUCUUCGUUCCUAAGACCCUGGGCAUCCUGGGCAUCGUCCUGUGCGUGGCGGCCGUGUGCACCAUCAUUGCUCUGUCUGUGGUGUACACCCAGGAGAAGAACAAGAAUGCUGCCAGCUCCACUGCGGCCAGCACCAGCCCCCCGACGAGCCCCAGCACCACCGCGGCCACCACCUUGGACCAAAGCCAGCCGUGGAACCGAUACCGCCUACCCCAGACGCUGGCACCAGAGUCCUACAACGUCACCCUGAGGCCCUACCUCACCCCCAAUGAGCAGGGUCUGUACAUCUUCACGGGCUCCAGCACUGUCCGCUUCACCUGCAAUGAGCCCACCGACGUCAUCAUCAUCCACAGCAAGCAGCUCAGCUACACCACCACCGAGGAGCACAGGGUGGUCCUGCGGGGUGUGGGUGGCGCCCAGCCCCCCGACAUCGACAGAACCGAGCUGGUGGAGCUCACCCAGUACCUGGUGGUGCACCUCAAGGGCCCACUGGAGGCGGGCAGCCUGUACGAGAUGGACACAAAGUUUCAGGGGGAGCUGGCUGAUGACCUGGCAGGCUUCUACCGCAGCGAGUACAUGGAUGGCGAUGUCAGGAAGGUGCUGGCCACGACACAGAUGGCACCUUCAGAUGCCCGGAAGUCUUUCCCGUGCUUUGACGAGCCAUCCAUGAAGGCCAGCUUUAACAUCACCCUCAUCCACCCCAGAGACCUCACGGCCCUGUCCAACAUGCAGCCCAGAGGUCCCAGUGUCCCACUUCCAGAAGACGCCAACUGGAGCAUCACCGAGUUUGAGAGCACGCCUGUUAUGUCCACAUACCUACUGGUCUUCAUCGUGAGCGAGUUCACGUAUGUGGAGUCGAAACCACGUCCAUCCUCUUUGCAGAUCCGGAUCUGGGCUCGGCCGAGCGCCACUGCAGAGGGCCACGGCAGCUAUGCCCUGAAUGUGACAGGCCCCAUCCUAAGCUUCUUCGCUGGACAUUAUGACACACCCUACCCACUUGACAAAUCCGGUGAAUUGCUAUUGCCUGACUUCAACGCCGGCGCCAUGGAGAACUGGGGGCUGGUGACCUACCGGGAGAAUUCUCUGCUGUUCGACCCGCUCUCCUCCUCUAGCAGCAACAAGGAGCGCGUGGUCACCGUGAUUGCUCACGAGCUGGCCCAUCAGUGGUUUGGGAACCUGGUGACCGUGGCCUGGUGGAACGACCUGUGGCUGAACGAGGGCUUUGCCUCUUAUGUGGAGUACCUGGGUGCUGACUACGCAGAGCCCACCUGGAAUCUGAAAGACCUCAUCGUGGUGAACGACGUGUACCCUGUGAUGGCCGUGGAUGCGCUGGCCUCCUCCCACCCGCUGACGACCCCUGCUGAUGAGGUCAACACGCCGGCACAGAUCAGCGAGAUGUUCGACUCCAUCGCCUACAACAAGGGAGCCUCGGUCCUCAGGAUGCUGUCCGACUUCCUGACUGAGGAGCUGUUCAAGAAGGGCCUGGCGUCCUACCUGCACGCCUUCUCCUACCAGAGCACCACCUACCUGGACCUGUGGGAGCACCUGCAGAAGGUGGGCCGGAAUCUCUGGCCUCUUUGCUUCUGCAGCCAUCAGCCGUGGCUCCACGGGCCCGACCACGUCAGAGGCUGUGUGGGGUCCAGGCAGGUCAGGCCCCACUUGAAGCUGUUUAUGUUUUCUUUUCCCCAGAAAUACCUGCAGAAGCAGGUCAAACCCCUCUUCGAGUAUUUCCAGGCCACCACCAGCAACUGGACUCAGCGCCCAGAAACCCUGAUGGACCAGUACAACGAGAUUAAUGCCAUCAACACCGCCUGCUCCAACGGGCUUUCUGCGUGUGAGGAUCUGGUCUCAAACCUUUUCGCCCAGUGGAUGGGAGACCCCGAUAAUAACCCGAUCCACCCCAACCUGCGCUCCACUGUCUACUGCAAAGCCAUCGCCCAGGGUGGCGAGAGGGAGUGGGGCUUCGCCUGGGAGCAGUUCCGAAACGCCACGCUGGUCAACGAGGCUGACAAGCUCCGCACAGGCCUGGCCUGCAGCACCCAGGUCUGGAUCCUCAACAGGUACCUGAGUUACACCUUGAACCCUGACCUCAUCCGGAAGCAGGACGCCACCUCCACCAUUAUCAGCAUCGCCAACAACGUCGUGGGGCAAACUCUGGCCUGGGACUUUAUCCAGAGCAACUGGAGGAAGCUCUUUCUGGACUACGGUGGAGGGUCCUUCUCCUUCUCCAACCUCAUCCGGGGAGUGACGCGACGCUUCUCCACCGAGUAUGAGCUGAAGCAGUUGGAGAAGUUCCAGGCGGACAACAGUGACAUAGGCUUUGGCUCCGGCACGCGGGCUCUGGAGCAAGCCCUGGAGAAGACCCAAUCCAACAUCAAGUGGGUGAACGAGAACAAGGACGAGGUGCUCCGGUGGUUCACCGAGCACACCGACUAGUCCUGUCGCCCCAGUCACCUGGCCCCGUGUGAGAUGCCCACGUGCGUCUGUCCCAGGGGCCCGCAGCAGGGCCCCCAGUGCUGGAACCUGAGGCACCCGCGUCCUGCCCUCAGGGACGAUGGCUCUGGCCCACGUUCUCUCCACUUGUGCGACCAGUCCUGCUGGCCAGACUGUCCAAGCACCUCCCAGCCCCUGCCCCUCAUGCCAGCCCCACCCCAGGGCCCUGGGACUGAUCUCAGGGAAGCCCCGCCCCAGAGCCAGAUGAGCAGGAGUCCUCGAUGGACAAGAACAGCCUUGGGGCUGCCUGCCCCCCCACCCCCCCACCUUCCCGUAAAGACCCUGAGCCUGAGGAAUCGACAGGGCAGCAGAUCUGUAUAUUUUUGUCUAAGAGAAAAUGUAAAUAAAGGGUUUUUGGAUCA